UUUUAUGUUUAUGGAGAGGCGGAAUUUCCGUGUUAGGGAGGAUGCUUAUGAAAUAGAGAUUGUGUUUCUUUCAAGGAGCGGUUUCGCCUGAUUUCUUUUUGCUGUGCAACUGCACGUAUGAAAUAAAGAUUAUUGAGAAUUAAAAUAAUAUCGAUUAGUCAGGUUAACAAAUACAAGCUGUCAACCGUGCGAAUGGGUGUGGAUGAAGUAUGUUUUGAUUUUGUACCGGAUGCAAAUUGUCUUUCAGAUAGUGUGAUCAGCAUUAGCUCUCAGAAUACUAACCUUACUCUUCAUUGGAAUAAAACUUUAUUUCUGAUAUUUAGAGUAUUUUAGUUGAGCUUUUUUUAAAAUCUUAAAUCGAAAUGAAUUCAUUUCCUAUCAAACGAGUCGGAUAUUGGUGGAGCGAGAAGAAAAGCCGAAAAUUCAAUGUUGGUGAAUUUGCAAGUGUAUGUCGUGCUUCUGGUUUGGAGCUUGUUAAGAUUGAUCUUGCUCGUUCUUUAGAAGAACAAGGACCAUUUGCAGCUAUAGUGCAUAAACUAUCUGAUGCCAUAGCAAAAGCUGCAAAGGGUGAUGAGGAGUCGAAAGCAGUCUGUGAAGCAUUUCAGGAGUAUUCUAACAAUCACCCAGAUGUUGUCAUCAUUGAUCCAUUACCUAAUGUUGGUAAUCUGCUGGAUCGGUAUAGGCAGUAUAAACUAGUAGAUGAAAGUGAACUUAGAGGAAGAAAAGAUAUAUUUAUUCCUGCAUUUGUGGAACUUACAACUCAAAAUGUGUCUGAAAAUCUGUCUAAAAUGAAAGCUGCUGGAGUAGAAUUCCCUAUUGUUUGCAAACCUAUCUCAGCUCAUGGCUCUUCUGCUCACCAGAUGAGCCUUAUUUUUAAUGAAGAAGGUCUAAAAGAUGUUUCUCCACCUUGUGUUGCUCAGAAAUUUAUUAAUCAUAAUGCCAUUUUGUAUAAAUUAUUCAUCAUUGGGAAUCAGUAUUUUAUCAUUGAGAGGCCUUCCUUGAAGAAUUUUUCUGCUGGAGAUCAAAAGACUAUAUUUUUUGAUAGUGAUAAAAUUUCAAAGCCUCACUCUGCAUCUGCUCUUACAGAGUUAGACGAUAAUGAAGAGUGUGCUGUUAUUGGUUGGCCAGAUAAAGAAAAAAUGGACUGUAUUGUACGGGCUUUGCGUGAUUGCCUGGGUCUUAAUCUUUUUGGUGUUGAUGUGAUUGUGGAUAAUGUAACAGGACAUUAUGCCAUCGUUGAUAUGAAUAUAUUUCCAGGUUACGAUGAAGUGGGAAAUUUUUUCCAGCUUCUUUGUGAUUUAAUUUUGAAAAAAAUCUCAUUGAAAUUAGCUGGAUUAAAAGAAGAACUCUGUGAACCCAAACUGGCAUGUUACUUUCCUACUCUUUCGAUUGGAAUAAAGUCUGGCAAGUUCAGUUUUGAUCAUGUAAAUUCUGUGCAGUGCAGUGCAGGUGAACAUUCAAAAGAAGUCAUUCCUUAUUUUCCAAAAUGUUUUUGUUGCCCAAUAUCAGGCUCUUGUUAUAACUCUUUAAACUCCAAAGUUCAGAAAAUUCCACAAAUGAUGCCAUCUUAUGAGAAUCUCUUACAACCUCAAAAUUGUUCUUACAAUCAGAUGAAUAAUGGGCCAUUGCCACUGCAUUCCCAUGACUAUACUCAGGAUGAUUCUGGAAUUGAAACUUCUGACUCGUGUGAUGAGAAAAAGAAAGAAAUCCCCUUCAGGACUAUCAAACGCCAGCAUUCCAGAACUUAUCCUUCUUUUGGUUUUUCUGUAAAUGAAUCUGGGUAAUUUAUAAUGUACAUAGUACAUUUUCUUAUAAAUGUUAGAAAAACAAUUAACAAUUUUGCUUUGAUAUUUGUAAUUUAACAUUUACCUUAAUUUCCAUUUUGUUUGGCCUUAAUCAUUUUAUUCCUCAUUUCUUUUUUUGUUUACUUGUUAAAUAUGGUAUAAUGUGUAUUUAAACCCCUAAAGCAAACAAAUAUGCUAGCUGAAAGAACAUACUGAAAAAAAAAGAGCAUAAUUUUUGUAAUAUUUGUUUCAGUUUUCUCUGAACAGCUGUAAUUAUAAAUUAGUGUGGUUUACAUAUUAAAUGAUCUAACAUCUUGUAAAAAAUAUGCUGAAAAUAUCAUCGUGCUGGUUAUUAGAAAAUUGAGAUUGUUUAAAUCAGCAUAGAAGAGAAAUCUGGCAUUUAGUAUGGGUUUCAUGUUGGGUCAGACUUUAGAAUUGCAUUAAAAAAAAUUGGUUAUUGAUACUUUCAGUGCUAUCAGAAUAUGUUAUUGAAAUACUUCUAAGUAUUUGUAAAUACUGUUUAUCUUUCUGAUAAAUUGGUGAGCAUUAGAAAGUUGACUAAAUUUUCUGCUUAUGCAAUUUAGUUUUUUGUGUUCAUCUUCAUUGUUCUGAUAAAUAAUAAACCAAUAAGAAGUUUGUCUCAAUAAUGCUCAGUUGAUAAGUAAAACUUUAAUGUUAAAGCAGUGGUUCUCAACCUGUUUUGCCCCAUACAGUCCUUUAACCAUCUCUAGAUCAACCACCUUCUUUCCGAAACUCGAACUUAAAAUACUUUUAUUUACAUUACUUUUUAUUAUGUUUCAUAAAUUAAACAACAAAAAUAUAGAAAAUGUUAAUAAAGUACUCCAAUAAAAGUAGUUUUUUAUAGUCAUAAACUAAAUACUUAACAGCCAAAUAAAACAUUGACCACAUUUCCCCAUGGUAUAGAUUGUGUAACUUAAAGUUGCUAGUAAACCCUUCAUAUUUUUUUUUUUUUUCUUAAAGAAGUAUAUUCUUAAUAAAAUUUUGUAUUCCUAAUGCUAGGGUUCAUUUCGUAUAGUUUUAUUAUACAGUAGAAUUCUGGGAAUUCAUGAAUGCUUGUAAUCCAUACACAGUUUUGAAUGCAAAUGAACAAAAUUUUGGUUCCCAGAAAAUUCAGUUCAGUAAAUUUAUAGGUAGUUCUUUUUUUAUAUAUAUAAAAAUAAGCUUUCUAACAAAUGUACAUUAUAUCUGUAGCAUAUUUUGAUGUAAAAAUUAAUUUAUUGCUUUACUGAAAUUAACUUCUGCGUCUUCCUCAGCACUUUUUUUUUUUUUUGAGGUAAACACAAUGUACAAAAAUUCUACAGAUUUUUUCCUUUACAUAAAUAUCUAUUUUUGGAUGCAUAUCCCACUGUCUUUUAACAAUAAUGUUAAUAUUGAUAUUAUAUAGCAGGUGUAAAGAAUUUAUUUGUCCACAACUAGUCAUGUAUUGCGUUCCAACUUAAAUGCACCUUGUAAGUGGUUUACUUACAUUCUGUUAAAAAAAAUAAGCAUGUUUACAUUGGUAGUGAUAAAUGCUUGAAAAUAGCAUUUAUUAAAUUUUUCCAGGCAUUAAAAUUAAAAAUCAGUGUAAAGAACAAGGGGCUAAAGUACAGGCUUUUCCUGUAUGACUCUUCACUGCAUGUUUACAAAAAGAGUUGAUUAUUUCUUUAAAAAAUUUCCUUAUUUUUUCCUCCACGAUGAUUUUUCUUUGUUCUGAUAUUUUUUAUUUAAUUAAUUUUUUGUAAAUAUUACCUUCUUGAUUAAUAAAAAUUAAAUAAUUCUUAAGUGUGUUUUAGCUGGUUAUUUACAUGCUUAUAAUCUAGAUUUAGUGAAAAAUUUAAAGAUAGUGAAAUGUAAACAAAAUUAAGAAACAUGUGACUUAUAAUUCACAUAACCCUUGACCCUGAAGUGUGUGGAUUACUGGAAUUCUACUGUUUUAAAGUUUAUAACGCGCAUAAAUUUUGAAAAAUAAUUUUUUUUUUUUUUUUUUUUUUUUUUUUUUUUUUUUUUUUUUUUUUUCGUUAUAAGUAUUGUGUUCUCUUGUUUGUAAUAAGUAUCGUGUUAUUUUGGACAUUACGAAAAAAUUAGUGUCUUAUUGUUCUCUUUUUAAGUAUUAAUAUUUUGGUGAUAUAUUUCAAAUUUUUAUUUAUAUUUUCAUUUGAUACAUGGGAGCAUUUUCUAGAACAGGAGUGGGGAACCUGGAUUUAUAAAAUAAAAACAUCAGUUGGAAUUUUUUCUUUCAGUUAUGAUAAAUCUGAAACAAUAGAGAAACACUCCAAAAUAAAACUUAAAAUUUAAUUUGGCAAAAACCUUGUGUUUGGUGUAGAUUUUAACUGAAACUAUAUCAAAUUUGAGGGUGAACAGGUACAGGUCUCCCUUCAUCAGGAGCAAAAACAUUCUGCGAAAAAUGGAGGAACCAAGAUCGUAUUUAUACCAAAAGCAAAGGGUAGAGCAGAGUAAAAAAUUAUGCCAUUUGUCCAAAGAAAUAGAAAUGGGGAAAAUUAAGAUAUUAGAUUUUGAAAAGUAUUAGGAGAGACUGGAUUGGAAUUAAUAUGAUUAACUGAGUAGGAUAAAUUUUUAUGAAUGUGAAAAAUUUCAAGGAAGUCCAACUUACCGAAUGAGGAAGUUUUAUGGAUGCUUUUCGCAGACCUAUAGUCAAAUUUGUAAUUAAAUUUCCAGUGUGAUUAACUAUCAAAAAUUUGUUUGCUUAUUCUUUUCUGACAUAAGAUUUGUGUUCCUUGGACACAAAAUUUUUAAUUUAUCUUGGAGAUAUUAAUUCCUUUGUAGUUCUUAAAUCCACUUUGAAAAUUCUUUUCUAAUCUUUAAAUUUUCUGUUGUAAUGUUUUGUGUUAUUUACCAUUUUCUUAAGUAGGUGGUGCUACGCUUGUUUUCACUUUGCUGUAUAUUUUAUUUAUGGCAUAAGUACAGUCAUGCCUCCUCCUUCUGUGCAGAAAUUUUGCUCCUGACGAAGAGUGAUCUGUACCUGUUUGCUCUCGAAAUCGAUACAGUUUCAUUUAAAAUAUACGUCCAAAAACGAGGUUGUUGUUUUGCCUAAUAUCAAAGAUGAAAUAUUCUUUGAUAAACUUUAUGUAUUCUAUUAUUUAUGUAUCUUUAUUCAGUAAUUUUUUGUCAACAAAAAUAAUACAAAAAUUUUUUAUGCCACCUUUAGUGGUACUUUAAUGUUAGUAUUUGGUUAAAUAAAAUAUGCAUUCCAGCUUAAAGCAGCUCUCCACUUCAGUCUAGAAUAUUAAAAUGUAAAAUGAAAUGAGCUUUUCUUCAAAUAUUUUUCAGACAUUGCAUUUCAUUAAAGUAUCUUUUGCUUUUUUCGUGAGUUUUUUAGCUACUGUUUUGUCAAGUUUUAUAUGCAUUUUUUAAAAAGUUUUUAAACAUCAUAUAUUUCUUGAAUGUCUUUCAUUUUCACUUACUAUAUUCUUGCAUUUUUAUUUCUUUUGUUUCAAAAGUGUAAGUAUUGAAUUGGAUCAAAUUGCAUAAAUAUAUUACUUAUCUGUUGCAUUUGUAAAAUUUUAUUGGCAGCUGAAAAACAAUUAUUGUUGAAUAGACUCAUUUCUGUUUUUCUUUAUAAAAGCGUUUGCUUUCAUCUAAACACUUAUUUUUCACCUUUUUAUUAUGAUAUGCAGAACUCGUUAAAAAUAACUGCACUUCAAAAGUGUUUUUUAUGAUGAUCUAUUAAUAGUCUGUAUUUUAUAUGUUUUUGUAAUAAGUCAUAUACAUCAGUGUCUUUAGACAUAUUCAUUUAAAAAAAUUCAAAACUGAUUGAUCUAUAAAUAUAAUAUGUAAUUUUAAACUGAUUGAUCUAUAAAUAUAAUUAAAUAUAAUUUGUGAUAUAUUUGUGCUUAAAUUGUGAUAUUAGGACUGUAUGUUUCUACUUUUAGUUUGGUUCUUUUUAGAAAAUGUUAAAAGAGUUAUAAUUAUGCAAUGACAAGUUUUCUGCGAAAUUUCUAAUUUUUUUAUAAUACCUUGUUAUAACAUCAGUCCACUGAAAAUUGAAAAAAAUACCUAUUAUGUGAGUAUGGGCUUAGAACACUGUCACUAUAAAGUUAAGCAAUAAUACAGAGACGGGGGGGGAUAUUAAUAUCCAAUUUGCAGCUUUAAAUGUUCAAUGCAUUAUUUAAUAUCAUUAGGAUAAUUAGCAAUGUACCAUUUAAUAUUUUAGCAUAUUAUUGUAUACGUAUACAGUAUGGCACAAAAGUGGAAUUAAAUCAAACUUUAUUUGAAAUACCUAUUUGUGAUUUGACCAGCUGGAAAAUUCCCUGAAAAAUGCUGAAACUCAAUCUGAUGGUGCCUGAAGCAAUUUUAUGAAGCCCACGAACGUUUAAGUUACAUAUUUAUGCAAGUAGCAUGUUUGUUCUAAUGAUGUCAAGAUUGUAGUUGUUUGAAGUCUGAGGGUACAACAUUUUCAUUUCUAUUUAAAACGAGUAUGAAUAAUGCAUUAGAAAAUCGAUAAAGAGCUAAUUAAUUUACAGUGCGAUAUAAGUUCAAAGAUAUAGAUGUUCGUUAUCUUCUAUUUGUACUUUAAAAAAGAAAUGAUAAUAAUAGCUCAGUUAUUUAUUUUUGCACUAAGAAUAAUCUCUUUGUUUGGGAACCCAUUUAUAUAUGAAUAAUCCUUCCCCAAUAGAAUAGCAUGAAUUAAUAAAAAAAGAACCUGAUUCACAAUGAGUAUCUACAAUCCAUGAUGAAGUUUGGUUCUAAUAAUUUCUUUAUCAAAAUUGAAAUACCAUCAAGUUAAUUGUAGUAAGGGAAAAGAAGUGUAUAAUUGUUUACAUACAAACACAAGUAUUUUUAUUUAUGCACCGAAAAAAAUCGUAAAUAAAAGAGACUAGGUUACCAUUAUUUAUUUUAAAGUUUUGUUUCACUUGGUAAAUUUUUCCUGAAAACUUUGUAGUUUGUAAUUUUUUAUUUUCAGUUUAAAUGAAAGUAAAUUAGUCAAUGAUUUUAAACAUGUAAGA